UGCUGGUGGCCAGUGCUGGUAAUCAGUUGAGUCUUGCAACUCGUAUUUUAACAUCCAGUCCAUCAUAUUUUUAUUUCUUUUUUUUUUACCGCAAGUGUUCAUCCUCAUCUUAAUUUUAAAAAAAAAAUCAAGACCAAGUGCAAGAUCAAAAUUACAAACACUGUCUGGCUUUACUUGCACUAUUUAAAUAUUUAUAUAUCAAUUGUAUAUUUAAGUAUUUGAUAAGUCGACGAUAAAUAUAUCAAAUGUUUACCGAAUUUGAAGCUGCAUUUUAUUCAUCGGAACAGCUGGUGAUUUAAUUGUUCGGUGACCGCUUACAAUGAAUAUAAAGCUGAUGUACUUGCAGAAAUAGAAGCUUCUUCAGAGAACUAGAGGUCGUGAGUUAUUCUAUGGAAAGAAAAAAAUAUCAGUGAAUUUUAUAUCAUUAAGAGUUGAUAAAUUAACUGAGUGUUAAACGAUUGUAAUUAAUUACUUUUAAAUUAUACAUAAUUUAAAAAAACAAAAUGGCUGGACUAGGAGCCGCAAUACCAUCGGUUGCAGGAACAACGGCACCAUUACCAAUAACAUCAAUAUCUCUUGGUAGUACACAUAAAAAAAGUUUGCUACGUAGAGUUGCUCCUUGCUUAGCAUUUCUCGCGGCAUUUUCAUCUGCGAUGGCUUUGCUAUUGAUUUGGAGCGAAGCUGCCGCUCUCAGAAGACAAGCAUUCGAUGCAAAUAUGACAAAAGAUUACGUACUGAGAAGUGUUUCGAUGGACAAUCCUCAGUUAGUUGCCUAUAUACGUGAAGUACAAUUAAAGAAAGCGACUCGUCAGUAUAAUUUUAACGUAACAGAAACAGUAGAAGAGAAAUCAUUAGUUACUCUUCUUCAGGGUAAACGUAACGGUAUUUACCUCGAGUACAUAAACCGGCCGGGUGCUGUGUUUACAACCUCCUGGCUCGAAGCCAAAUAUGGGUGGCGUGGUGUCCUUGUACUUACUGAUUUUAGAUCAUUUUUUGAAACAUGCAAAAGUAAUAGAAAUCAAGCAACCCGUAUUCUUCAUGCUUGUUUGAGUACCGACAAAGACACCAAGGAGAUAACUUAUCAUCAAGAAUCAGAAGUACGGGUUACCAAAUUAGGCGAGGGGCCAAACAGUAUUAUUUUCACUGAUGAAGGUCUACCUACAAUGAGACUUAAGUGCUUCCCACUGUAUAGUGUUCUUCUUGCAUACAAUCAUACGACUAUCGAUUAUUUAAAUCUUGAUAGCACUGACAUAUCCGAUAUUCAGGUACUUGAUACACUUCCAUGGGACAAAGUUCAAAUAAAUUUCUUAUCGAUACGUUGGAGCGAGCAUCACACUGACGCUGAAUUUGAAGCUCUUAGUGAAAAAUUAAAAGCUAGAAAGUACAGGUUUCUUCAGCCAACAGACACAGGAAAAUUAAUAUUUAUGUAUUCAAGGGUUAAAAUCUAAUUGAUUUUUAUUUAUCAAAUACUAUGGAGUGAUAAAUGCCAGUGGUAGAAUAUAAGUAAAUACAAUUACAGAAUCAUACCCUCGUAAUUCGAUAGUACGAGAAAAUUUCAAUCAAUUAUCAAUUAAUGUAUAAUUUUUUUCUUUUUAUAAGUAAUGUCUUAAGUUAGAUUAUUGUUUUUUUAGUGAUUACAAAAUGGUGAUUGAAAAAAAAAAUUUUUUCUCAAAUCCAGGCUGUAAUAAUCGUAAAUUUUAUUUAACUUUAAAAGUCAAUUUUUUUCGAUGAUUUUUAUUUUUAAAUCUACUUAAAUAAUCAGUAAUAUAGUAUUUCAUAUAUUUUUUACAUAUAUAUAUAUAUAUAUUUAUAUAUGUAUAAUGUAGAGCUUAGUAAAAUUUUCACAGUUUUUUUUAAAAUUAAAAUUGUGAGUUACCAUCGAGCUGUUUAAUUAUAAA